AUGGCACAAGAAGGAAAAAAAGUCUUAUUACUUGAACAACAUGAUGUUAUUGGAGGUAAUACUCAUACUUUUAAAGAAAAUGGUUUUGAUUUUGAAACUGGAUUGCAUUAUAUUGGUGGGAGAAUUGGUAAGAAAACAUCAAACUUAAGAAAACAUUUUGAUUGCAUAACGAAAAAUGGAGUUGAAUGGGAAAAAAUGGAUGAUGUAUAUGAUCUUCUAGUUAUUCGUGAUGGGGAGAAUCGUGAACAAUAUCCAAUGCAUUCUGAUGUUAAGAUUCUUAAGAAGACACUUAUUUCUUCAUUUUUUGAAGAAGAAAAAGCAAUUCAUGAAUAUUUUAAUUUGAUUAAGAAAGUUCGUCUUAGUAUAACAGUAUUAUUCUUACUAAAAUGCAUACCAUAUCCAAGGAUUCAGAAGAUAAUUCAUAAACUGGUUCAACCUUUUCUUUCUAUAUUUGAUGAAACAACAGAACAAGUUCUAUCCAAAUUAACUAAUAACAGAAAACUUAUUGGAAUUUUAACAUAUUUAUUUGGUGAUUACGUUGAAGUUCCAUCACGAUCAUCGUUUGGAAUACAAGCAUUAAUAUGUGAUCACUAUAUGGGUGGAGGAUACUUUCCAAUUGGAGGUCCAUCAAUGAUCGCACGUAGCAUUGUUCCAGUCAUCGAGAAAUCUAAAGGAAAAGCGUUCGUUCGUGCUCCAGUUUCAUCAAUUCUUAUAAAUGAAGAUAAUAAAGCUAUUGGAGUUGUAGUGAAAGAUCAUCAGAUUUUUUCAAAAAUUAUUGUUAGUGCUAUCAGUUCCACAAUAACCUACAAGUAUCUUAUACCUAAAACUCAUCAACAUUUAGUUGAAUCUCAUUUGAAGAUUAUAGAAAGUCCUGAACUUGCCUCGCACACUGGUUAUAUGUCAAUGUUUGUUGGUCUUCAAGGUGAUUCCGAUGAACUUAAUUUACCGAAGAGAAAUAUAUGGAUAGUUCCAUCAUUGAAUCAUGAUGAAAAUAUGAAGAAAUUUCGUAAUGAUUACAAUGCAGAUUUUCCAGGUAUUUUCAUAUCUUUUGCAUCUGCAAAAGAUCCAACAUAUUGCACAAGAUACCCUAAGAAGAGUGUCGCAUCGAUUAUUACUCUUGGUAUUUAUGAACAUGUUGAAGAUUACAAAGACAAACGUGUAAAACAUCGUAGUGAUGGAUAUAAUCAACUGAAAGAUGAAUGGAAGGAAAGAAUGUUAGAAAUAUUUUUAAAAGAAUUUCCGAAUUUAAAAGAGAAAAUUGUUUAUAUUGAUAAUGGAACAGCAAUUACGAAUGACUUUUAUCUUGGAACUUAUCAUGGAGCAGCUUGUGGACUAGCACAUACACCAGAGCGAUUUAGACAAGUGGAAAUUCUUUCACCAACAUCACCAAUCAAGAAUCUUUAUCUAUCAGGACAGGAUAUGCUCACCUGUGGAGUAUCCGCUGGUCUUAUGAGUGGAUUUAUGACAUCAUAUGCUAUUUAUCCUAUUCCUCCGAAAUGUGAAAAUGAAAUUGUUGGCAUUGAUUCAAUGACGAAAUGUUUUGAACAACGUUACGAUGCUUGUCCUGUAUUCUUCAGAGGUUCUCUUCGAGAUGCGUGCCAAGCAGCUUUUACUCCGACUGUAAUUCAAGAACGUCGUCCAAUACUUGUUUACAUACAUAAUGACGAUAGUCAAGUUUGUAAUACAUUUUGUAAAACAGUAUUCUGUUCAUCAACGAUUAUCGAUUAUUUACUUGACAAUUAUAUUGUUUGGCCUUGGGAUAUAACGUUUCAAUCAAAUAAAAAUACAUUGAUGAAAAUUUGGGAAGAAGUGUUUUCUAUUGAAUUUUUGAGUGAUUUUUUCACUGAAGAAUGGCCUUUAAUGAUUGGAAUUAUGCGACGAUUUGAAUAUAAAACAGAUAAAUUAAUAACAUCCGAUUAUCAAUUCCAACCAUUGCUUAAAAGUGAUAAUUUAAUGGGCAAACAAAAAUCAGAAGUCUCUGAAAUAGUUUUAAACAAAUUGCGUCUUUUCAAGAAGCAAUUUGAUGAAAAUGAACAAGUUCUUUCAUUUAAUUUCGUUGAAUCUAAUGGUCUUUCUUGGGAAGUCAUCCUUGAGACAGCCAAAUAUCUUUCAUUAACCCUUAAAAGCCGGAAGGCCUUAUCGUCGCAAUUUGAACAAAUUAUUCGGUAA